AUGUCAAGCUCCAGUGAUGUUCCAGCUGUCCCACCCCCACUAGAAUUGACAGUCAUGGUCAUGGACAUGGGUGUGGACAGCAUGGCAUCAAGCUUGGUUAUGGUAACUGUCUUCAAAGAUUCGGUACCCUCCUAUGUUGCAACUGAUCUUGGCACUAACAUUGGUGACUAUGAUCAUUCCUAUUAUGAUCACUCUCCAAUGGAUGAAGACACACCACUUGAAGUGGACAUAGGAGAUCAGGCCAAGCAUGAUCGCAUACCUGUGCAUUGUGUGGAGAAAUGGAACAGCACCUAUUUUCAAAGUGUAACCCUCAAAGAUCUUGGUCUUCACAUCCAACUCAGUCACAAGGUUGCUAUCCAUCCUGUCACCAUAGACUUUUCAACCAGCGAUCUGAGAACCAUGGCUACUUUUUGUGUGCUCUAUCAAUUUCACAUUUUAUCAUUCAAAUCAAAGGUUUCUGCCUAUGAGUUCUAUCACUCCUUGUGGAAUGGCCAUUAUGAGGCUAUAGGACUUGGCACAAUCAAUUGUGCACACCAUAACAUGAAACUUCCUAACAGCAUGGGUGACUUGCAGAAAGGCAAGAGAAUGGCGACACUUCCAGAAGAUUACUGCCUUGAUCACACCUCCAAAGACAUCUGCUUCUUUGUCCCUAAGUUUCACCUUCCUGCACAUAUCACAAAAUGUCAGAUGUCUCUUUCUUUCAACUGGUCUCAUUGGGUUGGGCACACUAAUAGCAAGGCUCUGGAGUGUGGAUGGUCCAAUAUCAACCCUGUGGCAUCUAGUAUGAAAGAGAUGGGCCUGGGCAGUCAAUGGGACACUUUGGAUGAUCACUUUAGAGACUGGAAUUGGAAAAAAGUUGUCAAUCUAGCAAUCACCCAGGCUGGCGCUCAUCUGAGGCUAGCAGAACUGGAGGGUUGGGAAUUCAAAAGUGGCACAGACGUAUUGCUACAUCCUGAGGUCUCAGCAAUGGUUUUGAUUGGCUUGGGGCUGGACUUAGAAGAAGAUCAACAAUGGGUUGCUAGAUACACAGAGAGGGAAGUUGCAGUGCCAGAGAAACAUGUUACAUCACAAGAUCGAGUUGUGGCACACAGCACAAGCACUGUACAUGCCUAUCGUGCAGAGCAUUCUAUGCACUUUCGAAGCUCGCCUUUGACUUAG